AUAAAAAUGGUGGUUCAAUUUCUAUAGAAUAUUUAGUAAAUUGAAUUAAGUUAUAAAACCUUAAAGAGCCUCACAUAAGUUGUACAUGAUUUUGAAGAUAGUUAUAUUGUAAUUGUGCAUCUGGUGCGAUUACGUGGUGCGUAAGCGAGAGUUGUGUAUGACAAAUAACAGGUUGUUGAAUACACCGACUUCGUUGCGAUUUUGUGUAGUUACAUUGUUCGUUUCAACUAUUACUAAAGACUUGCAAAAGGAAGUGAAGAAAGCUACAUUUUUGUAUAUUAUUUGAAUUGAGUGAAAAUGUCAAUAUGUUAAAAGAGCAACAAGCUGAGCAACUUCAAUUUAAUCAGCAUGUGACCCACAUCUGAGAUUUCUCUUCCUUGUAUAUUGUUUUCAAACUAAAAUAUCAAUUCAUUUAAUACUACAUCAGACCGGCUAAAGUCAAGAAUUCACCGUAAAGUCGUACGGAAGAAACUACAUGAAUAUCAGACAUGACAUUUUGUGAUCUUGUCACGGUUGACUACAACCUGUGCAGCUCUCGGGGGGUCAUAUUCACAAACCAGGAUUUUUGAAAACAUCGUUGAAUUCGACGAAGAUUAAUCGUGUUAUCUUAAAAUUUAGGAUCGUCAAAAAGUAACUAAUAAAUUAUCCCCAAAUGUUAUUAAUAAAACUAAGUGAAGUUUAAAAUACAUUCCAAGAAGUGUGUAGUGUACCAAAAUGAAAUUAAAUUAUUUACUAAAGUAUCAAGAGUGUGUAGAAUGAAGCAGGAUGGCUCAUGCUGAAAAUCAUAGAUACAUUGUGCAGGUAUUUGUAGGAGCACUUUCUGCACAAUAUGAAGCCUUGUCAGUAGAAGCCUCUAAGCAAACAAGCUCUGAGGAGAUAGUUUGCUGCAUUGCUGAUAAACUCAGCUUAAAUGAUGGAUCGGGAGGUCCUUAUGAGUUGGCAGAGGUGGUGGGAGACAUGGUCAGCGGAGAAUGUAAGGAAAGGCGUCUCGGACCCAACGAGUCGCCGGUCGCAGUCAUGAUGUUGUGGCCCAACAACAAUUCCGGUCAAUACUACAGGUUCUAUCUGCGAGAAAAGAUUCCCGACGAACCAUGGAUGGAAAACUUCUCAGUGGACCCGCAACUUAUAAAGGACUACUUCCAGCGGUUUCUUUAUCAGCCGAAGGAUCGGGAGUAUCCCGACCUGUGCCAGCUGCCAGAGUUAAACGAACAGACCCUCCUGGAUAACUUGAGAGCUCGAUUCGCCGCUGGAUAUAUCUACACAUAUGUUGGCUCUAUAUUAAUAGCCCUCAAUCCCUUCAAGUUCUAUCCUAUUUACAACCCAAAAUACGUUAAGCUGUAUCAAAAUAAGAGAAUAGGCUCGAGCCUUCCUCCUCACAUCUUCGCAGUCGCUGACGCGGCGUACCACUGUAUGCUACGAGAGCGGACGAAUCAAUGUAUUGUGAUAAGUGGCGAAAGCGGUUCAGGGAAAACAGAGAGUACAAAUUUUCUUCUCCAUCAUCUCACCGCCCUCAGUCAGAAAGGAUCUCAUGGAAGUGGCGUGGAACAAACUAUAUUAAGUGCAGGACCAGUGCUAGAGGCUUUCGGUAAUGCGAAAACCGCUCAUAACAAUAACUCCAGUCGGUUUGGCAAAUUUAUACAAGUGAAUUAUAAGGAAAAUGGUAUGGUUCACGGUGCUGUAGUGCAGAAAUAUCUUCUAGAGAAAUCCCGAAUAUGUAGUCAAGGUCGAAACGAAAGGAACUAUCAUGUGUUUUACUAUCUCUUGGCGGGAGCUUCUGAACAAGAAAAGGAACAGUUGCAUCUGCUCAGUGUGGACAAAUACAAUUAUUUAUCAAAAACUGGUUGUAGUGUAGUGCCUGGUGUUGAUGAACAGUAUGAGUUCUCACGUCUGAAACAAUCCAUGGACAUGGUUGGUUUCACACUGGAUAAGCAGCGGCGGUUGUUUGCUGUUCUCUCUGCGGUACUCCUUUUAGGCAAUGUGGAGUUUCAACCUCAAAGGAAGUCCUACCAUCAUGACGAAGCAGUGGGAGUGCGGAACCCAGAAGUGGUAUCACUUAUAUCAUCACUUUUGCGAGUUAAACAGGAGACUCUACUCGCGGCGCUCACAUCCAAACGAGCCAGAGCCUCAGGGGAGACACUUGUCAUUAACUAUAGGUUGCCAGAAGCGAUUGCCACGAGAGAUGCGAUGGCAAAAUGUCUGUACGGUGCUCUGUUCGACUGGAUAGUAAUGCAGGUCAAUCACGCAUUGCUCUCAAAAAAAGAUACACUCAGGGAACACCAAGGACAUAGUAUAGGCGUCCUCGACAUAUUCGGCUUCGAGGACUUCGGUCCGAGCAACAGCUUCGAGCAGCUCUGCAUCAACUACGCGAACGAGCACCUGCAGUACUACUUCAACCAGCACGUCUUCAAGUACGAGCAGGAGGAGUACCGGCGCGAGGGCAUCCGCUGGACGGACAUCGGCUUCUCCGACAACACGGGCUGUCUGCAGCUCAUCGAGGGCAAGCCGGGCGGCCUGCUGUGUCUGCUGGACGACCAGUGCAAUUUCCCGUGGGCGACAAACGAGACACUCCUGCAAAAAUUUAAUUCUGUGCAUGAAGACAAUCCCUUUUAUGAGAAACCACAGCGACGAGAGCCCGCAUUCGUAGUGCGACAUUACGCAGGGAGGGUUAAAUAUCAGGUGACAGCAAUGCGCGAGAAGAACUUAGACUUAAUGCGACAGGACAUAGUAAGCGUUCUAAAGAACUCUUCUCUGGCAUUUGUGAGAGAAUUAGUGGGUGUAGAUCCAGUUGCUGUCUUCCGAUGGGCUAUUGUACGAGCUUUCUUUAGGGGGUAUUUUGCCUUCUUAGAAGCUGGUAGACGGCAUCGGGUAAACAGGGUCGAAGGGGCGUCUAGGGUACAGCGAGCAUCUAUACAUGCGCCGAAUGACAGUAUUAUCAGCCAACUGGUGACAGUAUCGUCAAUCAAUCUUGCGAUCAACCGCAUUGCGGCGGGCAGGGCGCGGGCCGAUAGCAAGCAGCGCGUCGCGGGCAAACCUUACAGGCUCGCGGAGACGCGCACGCGCCGCCUCGAGCGCGACGAGCGCUUCGACGACGCCGACGUGCUGCAGCGCGCCAGCCUCAUCGUCAUGAAGAACAAAUCGUUUCGGCCACGGGAGCGCGCAAAGAAGGGCCUUAAGAACCUGCAGAGCGUGAAGACGCUGGCGGGCCGCACGGCCGCGCCCGCCGGGAAGCGCAAGCAGCCGCUCACCGUGGCCGCGCAGUUCCAGCACUCGCUCGCCGCGCUCAUGGAGACCCUCAACCAAGCCAACCCCUUCUUCAUCAGGUGUAUAAAAUCGAACAGCGACAAAGUGCCAAACGUAUUCGACGAGGAGACGGUCCAACGACAGCUGCGCUACACCGGCAUGUUGGAGACGGUUCGGAUCAGACAGGCGGGUUACAACGUGCGGCUCACGUACGAGGAGUUUAUUCAAUUGUACAGAAUACUUCUGCCCAAAGGAUUGCUAAGCUCGCAGACGGACGUCCGACACUUCCUGGCUACGUUAAAUUUGGAUAGGGAUAAUUAUCAAUUAGGUGCGACGAAGAUCUUCAUGCGCGAGAGUGAGCAGACAAAGCUGGAGUACCGGCUACAUCAGCAAAUUAUGGCCUCAAUUAUUACCAUCCAGCGCUGGUUUCGAGCCGUGCUGGAGCGACGGCGCUUCCUCGCGCUGCGGCGCGCCUCCGUCGUCAUCCAGGGAUACUGCAGACAGUGGCUGGUGCAGCGGCAGGAGGCGGCACUGCGAGUGCAGGCAUGGCUGCGCGGGCGGCGCGUGCGGCGCUGGUUCGUGCGCCUGCGCGCCGCGGCCGUGCUGUUCCAGGCGGCGGCGCGCGGCUGGCUGCUGCGCCGCUCGCUGCCCGCCCGCCGGCUGCCCACGCAUGAGACUAAAGCGGCGCUCGUGCCGGAAACUGGCGUCUUCAAGAAGCGGCCGCCCAGUAUUGAGCAAUUGAAGAAUAUUAUUGACAUACAGCUGAACAUGCUUAUACAGGAGGAGGCGGAAAAAACAAGACAGCUGCGAGCUACCCAAUCACUGCCAUUAGCGAGUUUAGAGAAAAAACGAGACAAUAUAUUGGAGAGCUCCAGCGCACAGACGUACAACAAAAGAAGAGUUUCCAAAACACAAAACAUAACAGAACUACCGCUUAAACAAUCAAAUCCAAGUUUAAUUAGUCAAGAAACAAACGAGUCAUCGCCAGAUGACAGCUGGAAUGUAAACUCCAAUAAAUAUCCACAAGGCAUAGUCGCCUGGCCAAACAAAAUUACAGCAGAAGACCUAGCCAACGAACUGCUGUGGCUCAGGAUAGAUCAGAACUAUCUAAUGGCUGAAAAGAACAAGAUACGAGAACGUGAGUUGGCCGAGUCGAUAGCUAGCAGUAGUGAGGAGUACCUUCGGCAGGUUGGCGACUGGAGUCCAGCUGAAAGUUCCGACACUACUAAAAGCGGAUCGAGACGAACAUCACCACAAGUGUAUCAGCGCAGCUUGUCGAGCACGACGCUGGAGCCUCCCGUGCGGACGCUGCACAGCCUGCCGCCCGUGCGCCGGGACCCGCGGGACCAGCGAGAAUCGCGGGACCACCGGGACUCAGUGCCCGCUAUUCGAACGGAAAACAAUACUGAACCGGCGAGCCCGCCGCCGGCGCGCGCCGAGGGCCCGCCCGCGCCGCCCGUGCGCGCCGCGCGCCGCUCCCCGCGCCGCCUGCCGCCCGACGCCGCGCCGCUGUCCGCGCUGCCCGCGCUCCCCGCCGACCACUUGGACAUUAAACGCUGCGCGUCGGAGGCGGCGGGCGGCGAGGCGCUGCGCCGGCGCAACUCCGACCCCGCGCCCGAGCCGCGCGCGCCCGCGCCCGACUACAUCGGCCACACCGGGAACGGGCUCUUCGGGAUCGCGGGACACAGGUUUCGUAAAGGUACGAGAUUCGCUAAAGGCGAUAAAUGUGUGUAUUGCCAUCAAGCGAUCGAUGCGUUCAUUACUCAAGGACAACGAUGUAUCGACUGCAAACAGCUUUAUCACACAAAGUGUAUUCAGAAUAAGGGAGUGAUCACCAUGCCCUGUCCCAGUCCCGUUACCGUUGCAUCUAGAGGACGACAUAAAAACAGAAAGAGGAUCAUUCUAAAUAAAGAUUCCCCAUACAGCUUAACGACAGACCAUUCCAAGGGCCCCGUUAGUUCUAAUUUUAAUUUGACCGGUACAUCCGAGUUCAUGGAUAGAACAGACAAAAUCAUAUCAGAUGCCACGGAAUUACAGGCAAUGCAAAAUUUCAUCACAAAGAAAAUAUAUCUUAUGGAGUCCUCAGAAAAUGAAAAACAGUCGGAAGUGGACAGGGUAUUCAAACAUGCAUUAAGAGAGUUCAAAGACAAUCUAGUAGCCACUUACAGCGUUGUAGAAACAAGAGGCUCAGCACUGAAGUACAAAGAUUUGAUAGGUAAUUUCCUUCACGUGAUGGAAACGGUUUGUGCCAGAGAAGGUUCCACACUUUCCAUAACGAUGGGUGUUAACGCCUUUAGGGGAUUCAUGGACGAGUUUAUGAGCCAACACGAAACAGAUAAGGCUAGGACGAAGAGAAAAAAGGAUAAGAAAAGAAAGGUGGACGAUCCGAUACAGUACAAGGGGCACACAUUCAUCUUAUCCAUGAUUAACAUCCCCACGGAAUGCGAGAUCUGUAAAACGUUCUUCAUGUGGCCGAUCGAGCGCUCUCUCAUUUGCCAGACCUGCAAACUCGCCUCACAUAAGAAGUGCUAUAUGAAGGUGUCGACGCAAUGCCGCAAGGACUCGGGCACUCCGUCGGCCUCCAUCGUCGGCGCCGUGGACGCGGGCGGCCGAGAACAGUUCGGCGUGCUCAAACGUGGAAAGGUCUUCGGCAUUCCUUUAAGCGAGUUGCCUACUGGGGAAGGAAACAUACCGAUCGUUGUUGACAGACUCAUUACUACUAUUGAAAUGACUGGAUUGUACACUGAAGGUCUUUACAGAAAAAGUGGACUUAGUUCUAAGGUGCGUGAGCUGCGACGCCUACUGGACGAGCGGCCGGAGGAGGGCGUAGAACGACUGGACGCGUACGCAGUGCACGUGCGCGCCUCCGUACUUAAAACAUUCUUCCGCGAAUUACCUGAACCGUUGCUCACUUUCGACCUCUACGACGAUUUUAUUCUUGCCGCAGAAAUAUCUGACCCGCAGGAACGAGUGUCCAGUAUUUUUACAAUAUUAAAAAAGCUACCUAAACCAAAUUAUGAUUUAGUUGAAAGAUUAAUAUUUCAUCUGGCAAGGGUAGCAUUAGGAGAAAAUCACAAUAGAAUGGGUCCCAACGCGUUAGCUAUCGUAUUCGCCCCAUGCAUCCUGCGCACACACAAGGUACAGCCUGCGCAGGACUCGCUACAUGACAUCGCGCGACAAACCGCCUGCCUCGAAGCCAUCCUCAUCGACAAAAUAAGCAAUACGCGCGGUACGCUGGAGGAUAUCGCGACUUUGGAUAAAGCAUGUGAGACGGCGUCUAAUCGACUGACCAUAAUCCGCGCGCGAAGUCUCGCUCCGCGACAGGAGGAGCAAAUCCUCGAAGGACACAUACACGAAAUCGAAAAGGAGAAGAGGAAUCUUACCUUCAACCUGCCUACACUUAUUAGGGCGACAUCAGACGACGAUUUGCUAUCAACUACAGACCACGACGGCGAGUUUGGCAGCACCGAUGACGUCAGCACGGGCGCCUCUUCGUUGCGAUCACAACGACUCCUACAUCGCCAGCUCUCUUCAGACGACCCUAUAAUGGUGUAGACGAAAUUCCCUAAACACCAAAGGAUAUUUACAACGCAUUCAUCGUUGAACUUUUGAAGAUUGUUGGUUUGUUUCAUUAGCCGUGAUCAUUAAUCAGAAACGACACUCAGGCUUUUGUGAGCGAACCGAAAACAACACUUAAAUAUAUAGUAUUUAUAUCUUGCCAUGAUACAUAAUUUUAACGGAAUUUACUAUAUAUAACUCGUAAAUAAAUUACUGUUUAUUUUUUAAAAUGUUACAAAAAUAGUGUGGAAAAAGAUCAAAUACGUAGACAAAAAUACCUUUUGUAAACCUAAUAAUAUUACAUUCGUUACUCAUUAUAUUAGAUUCGUAGCAACAUUAAAACUAGAUAAAUAAAUAAUAAUUAGUACCUAAUCGCUUUACACUUCAUGUAAUGUCGUAAAUACAUUUUCGAUAUCAUUCAUGACAAACACGAAAAUAAUCUAAAAAGAGAAACGAAACAUGCAUUCAAACAAUAAUCAUUCCUCGUUCAGCGUUUAUUUUGUGUAUAGUAUUAUAUUUCAAUAAAUGAAUAUUUAAUAUUCCUAUUUUAUCAAUCAACGAAAAAAUUUCUUUGUUCUACUUCUAAAAUGGUACACUUUUAAGCAUUUAUUUUUAAUGAUAAUAAUUCAAGAAUUUUUAGUCAAAUAUUGAAGUUAAGUUUUAAAGCCUUUUAAGAAUGAGUUGAGUUUAAAAUAAAAAAUUUCAAUUACUAUUUAAAAAAUUGAAUCUUUGAUUCAAAUAUGGUUUUAAUGUACAAAAAAAUAGUUACAAAAAUAUUGUAUUAAACUUGAAUUUACUUCAAAAUUGUAUUGUAUUCAAAAAUUAUCUAUACAAUUAUUUAUAGACAAAUAAUACAUUUAUUGUUAUUGAAUGUUAAAUAAUGUUCACAUUGAAUGUCAUCACUCGGUAUGUGUUGUUGUUAACUUCAAAAGUUCUGGACAUUUUAUAGACCACUUAUUAUGGCGGGCUUUGUUCGUGCAGAUGUAUUCCAAGCAAAUUUGUAGAGUUUUACAAAAAAAAAUAUUUAUAAAAUAACUAAAUAAAUUCUCUAUGGUGCAUUUUAAAUAUUUUAAAACUUUCUGGUUGUUUUCAUGAUGACACGUUCAAUCAGAUU